AGCUCCACCUCUCUUCGCUCAGACAUACUAGUAUACUACUCCCUCAGUCCCUAUCUCUCUCUCCGCGAUCUCUUCAUAACAGCAUUCUUCAAAAUUAGAGAAUCUCUAUCUCUCUCUCUCUCUCCUUCUCUUUCUCUCUCCAAGAUUUCUGUGUCUUAGUUUGCUCUCUCGGGUAGAUUCACCCGCCGAAUUUUGAAUGCAGUGCUUGAGCGAUUUGAACCUGAGAAUCUAGGUUAUAAUUGUGUGCUGUCCUUUAGAUGUUGCAAACUUGUAGUCAUUCAGAUACUUCUUCGUGGUGAACGGCAUUGUUUGACCAACGCCCCAUGCACUGUGACAAUAUGGGAUCUAGUUUGUUACUUCAUUUACAGGUGAUAUUCAAUUAGCGUGGACUAUUGAUGAGUGGAUGUACUUUAGAAACCUUGCAAUAGCUCUGUAAAUAAGUAAUUAAAGAAAUGCCUUCAUGGUGGGGGAAGCCAUCAUCCAAAGAAGCAGAGAAGAAAACAAGCAAGGAGAGUUUUAUCGACACACUACAUCGAAAAUUUAAGAUCUCUUCUGAAUGUAAACCUGCUGGUAGAUCUGGAGGGUCUCGAAGACAAUGCAGUGACACAGCUCCAAUAAAGUGUUCUAAAUUGCAGGCAGAGUCAAGGUCAACGCCACCUUCCAAACAAGUAUCAAGAUGUCAAAGUUUUGUUGAAAGUCAUGCCCAACCACUUCCACUUCCAUAUCUUCACCCUGCUAGCAUAGGCCGUACAGAUUCUGAAAUCAGUAUAUCAGCAAACCCAAGAUUUGGAAAGAGCUCUAAGCCAUCACUGUUUCUACCUCUUCCAAGGCCUGGAUGCAUCCGAAAUAGGCCAGAUCCAACAGAUUUAGAUGGAGAUUUGGUCACUGUUUCUGUAUCUAGUGAAUGCUCCAUUGACAGUGAUGAUCCUGCUGAGUCACGUCUGCAUAGUCCCCUGGCGUUUGACUAUGAAAAUGGAAGUAGAACUACUGCAGGCAGCCCUUCCAGCAUGAUGGCUAAGGAUCAGUCCUCUGUCAAACAAAUAAACUCAAGGGAGGUACUAAAACCAGCGGAUGCUUUAUUCAACAAGCAGGUCUCUCCUUUGUCGCCUAUAAGGAGGCCUUUAAGCAGUCAUGUGCUGACUCAACAGGUUCCUCACCAUGGUGCCUUUUGCAGUGCUCCAGACAGCUCGAUGUCAAGUCCUUCGAGAAGUCCGAUGAGAUCAUUUGGCACUGAGAAAGUUAUAACUUCUGCUUUCUGGGAUGGAAGGCCUUAUCCAGAUCUUCCUUUACUUGGAUCAGCCCAUUGCUCCAGCCCGGGCUCAGGUCACAAUUCCGGGCAUAAUUCAACGGGAGGUGAUAUGUCAGGUCAAUUAUUUUGGCAGCCAAGCAGGGGUAGCCCUGAGUAUUCUCCAAUUCCAAGUCCCAGAAUGACUAGCCCUGGCCCCAGCUCCAGAAUUCAUAGUGGUGCUGUCACACCACUUCAUCCACUUGCUGGAGGGACAGCCACUGAAUCACAGACUAACUGGCCUGAUGAUGGGAAACAACAAAGUCAUCGGUUGCCCCUUCCUCCUAUAUCAAUUUCCGGUCCUUCUCUUUUUUCUCACUCUAAUUCAGCAGCAACAUCUCCCUCUAUACCACGAAGUCCAGGGAGAGCAGAGAAUCCAACAAGCCCGAGCUCUUGCUGGAAAAAGGGGAAGUUGCUGGGUAGAGGCUCAUUUGGACACGUUUAUGUUGGAUUUAACAAUGAUAGUGGCGAAAUGUGUGCAAUGAAGGAGGUAACAUUAUUCUCGGAUGAUGCAAAGUCAAAGGAAAGUGCAAAGCAGUUGGUACAAGAGAUCUCUCUAUUGAGUCGCUUAAGGCAUCCAAAUAUUGUGCAGUAUUAUGGGUCUGAAGCAGUAGGUGAUAAACUUUAUAUAUAUUUGGAGUAUGUAUCUGGUGGUUCCAUCUAUAAGCUUCUCCAAGAAUAUGGACAGCUUGGUGAAUUAGCAAUUCGUAGUUAUACUAAACAAAUCUUGUCAGGGGUUGCAUAUUUACAUGCAAAAAAUACCGUCCAUAGGGACAUUAAAGGAGCAAAUAUCCUUGUAGACCCAAAUGGCCGCAUCAAGUUGGCAGAUUUUGGAAUGGCAAAACAUGUAAGUAUCUCUGGGCAGUCAUGUCCAUUGUCAUUCAAAGGAAGCCCUUACUGGAUGGCCCCUGAGGUUAUAAAGAACUCAAAUGGAUACAGCCUACCUGUUGAUAUAUGGAGUCUUGGGUGCACUGUUUUGGAAAUGGCUACAACAAAACCGCCCUGGAGCCAGUAUGAAGGGGUUGCUGCAAUGUUUAAGAUUGGAAAUAGUAAAGAACUCCCUGCAAUCCCCAAUCACCUCUCAGAUGAUGGAAAGGAUUUUGUGAGGCAGUGUUUAAGACGCAAUCCAUUGCAUCGUCCUACAGCUACUCAGCUUUUGGAGCAUCCUUUUGUGAAAAAUGCUGCACCUUUGGAAAAACCGAGCAUAGGGCCAGAGCUGUCAGAUCCACCCACCAGAAUUGCAAAUGGAGUGAAAUCUCUGGGAACUGGAUAUGCAAGAAACAUUGCUACCCUGAAUUCAGAAAGACUUCCUAUCCAUUCAGCUAGAAUUUCAAAAGCUGGUUUCAUUUCCAGUGAUAUCCACAUCCAGAGGAAUAUAUCAUGCCCAGUCUCUCCAAUUAGGAGCCCACUUGUACAUCCUAGGUCACCGCAACACCUGAAUGGAUUAAUGUCUCCUCCACCUAUAUCUAGUCCAUGCACUGCUUCAGGUUCAUCCACACCUAUAACAUGUGAUAGUGGUGCCAUGCCUUUUCAUCAUCUUAAUCAGUCAGCUUACUUGCAAGAGGACUUUGAAAGAAUGUCACAGCCCCCACAGAGUUGCUAUGUCAAUGGCCCUUCCUAUCACAGUCCAAAUCGUGACAUCUUUCGAGGAAUGCAGUCAGGAUCUCAUGCUUUCCAGGAAUUGGUAUCAUUUGAAUGUGAUGCUCUUGGAAAGAGAUUUAGAAGGCCUGCUAAUGGGGAACUUAUUGAUGGGCGAUCGAUCUCGACUGAUUGUGCAUCUCAGCGAUUCUAGAGGAAUCAUGAGAAGUUGAAUCCAUCCCUGGAUUGCAGUCCCUCUUCUCCUUUGCCAGGCCAAGGCCAAGAAAACUAACUUCAUGUGUUGUUGCAGACCCCUUGACUCAUUCAAGCUUUAUAGACUCUUAUUAUUUUUCGGCUUCUAAAAGAUCAAUUUAUUUGUCAUAUUUCCAGACUUUAGAGGAAGCUAAUUUGUACAAUAAGGACCCAGGUUGUAGAAAAGAAAACCCUGGAGUAAGCUAAGGGUAUUUGGAAGCUGAAGCGGUGAGGAAGUAAGCUCAUUUGCGUUCACUUGUAGCAUUACAGUUCCUCGGGUGGUAAGCUAGCUAAGCUGUUCAACGGAAGUGAUCUCCUGUUAACAAAUUUUGCACCUGUGUAAUUAGGCAAAGCUUGCUACCUGGGAAAUAGAAGACUUUCUUGUCACAAAUAUUUUCGCAUACAGCCCUACAUCGGCUUGUACAAAGUUGAGUGUGUAAGCCUUCUUUGACUCUUCAGCCAUUCUUGAUUUUACUGGUGGGAAGAUGGCGUCUGAUGAUCAACUGUAUAGCAAAUCUUUCACUAAAUGUGGCAUUAAGAUAAUAUAUACAUUUUUACAUAUAUUUGCAAGGAAGAGAAGGAUAAACCAGGAGAAUAAGUAGCUUUAAUUAGGGCACUAUUUUAUGGGGUCAAACUGCUGUACAGAGGAUGGUGGAAAUUGUAUCAGUGUUCAGAUUUUGUUAAUGAUGCUGUUGUAAAUUUUCCAAACCUUUGCUUUUCAUUUUCUUGCAAUGGUAUAUGCUGCCUCAGAUAUGAUUGUAAUUAUGUACUGUUCUAUCUGAUUUUUGUC